AUGGACGACCUUAACGGGCUGAGUUGGUCCAACUCCAACGGGUCAGCCAACUCGAAUGCGCCCUCUAACAAGCCGCCGCCGAUGGGCUCUGGCUUCAUGUUCCCGCAUGCCCGACCGAAUGGUUCCUCUGGCCGCUCAACCCCAAUGUCCGCCACCUCGAACCGCUCCAGUUCCCCCGCGAAGCCCGCCACAUCGACCGGAGACAGCUUCGCGAACCUCGUGUCUUUCAACUCCUCUGCGAACAACAAGAAUCUCUCCCUCAUGGAACAACAGAAGCGCAUGCAGGAAGAGAAGGCGAAGAAAGAAGCUGAGAAUCGCAAGCGAAACGAAGCGCAGAACCAUUUCUGGGAUAGUCUCGAGCAGGGCCGUACAAGCAGCCCGGCUGUACCACCGGCUUCGCAAACCAAAUCGCCAUCUGCCGAGGAUGAAGAUGAUAUUCUGGCCGCCUUCAAUGCCGCCGCGCCAGUAGACGCUUCAACGAAUUUCCCUAUUCCAAGCUCCACGUCGUCUCCGCAGAUCGAUCCCGCUUCCCGCCAAGCCACGCCCAGUAUAGGCAUCACAACGCAGGAUAACUCAAGCGGAGGGUUUUCCAAGACUAGCAAUGGUGGUGGGAUAGAUGCGUUUGACGAUGAUGAUCCAUUUGGCCUCAAUCAAUUGAGCUCGAAGCCCGCGGCUCCACCGGCCCCUGCACAAGAUGACGAUGACGACUUCCUCGGGCUGCUGGGUAAGCCUGUCUCCGAACUUCCUCGACCACAAUCCCCCAAGGAACCGUCACCGCCUCCCAGUCUUGAUAGGGGCCAGGAUGUGUCCCCUAUGCCGUCAAGCGCUGAAGACCACGCCAUUGCCCAGAUAGUUGAUAUGGGAUUCCCCGCGGAUAAAGCCCGCCAGGCUCUCCGCACAACACGGUCUGGACUUGAUGUUCCAGCAGCAUGCAGCUAUCUCUUGACGCAAGCACACGCAGACUCGGAGGCACGACAAAAGUCUCAAGGCCGACCACCUUCAAACGGCCCGUCUAGUGACCGAGAAAACCGUAAUGGUAGUCGCAACCGGGAUGGUCCGUCAUGGAUGUACGAAGGCAGGUCGCAAACUCCUCAGUCACGCCAGGACACCCGGAGCCCAGGGGCCGCAGAGAGGGACCCGGCUCAAAUGGCUUCCCAAUUCGGCAAUAACCUGUUGAAGACUGCGGGUUCUUUCUGGAAAGCAGGAACCAAAGUGGAUGAGAGAUGCAUCGUCGCCACUGCUCCAGAUAUGACCGAUGAGGCGCUUCUACUCGAAAGCGGGGAUGCACGACCACCUCGGAAGCCCGCACGUCCCACUGCACCGGAUGGAAGUGACAUGCGCCAGCCGUCUCCUUCCCAGCACCUACAACAGCCUGCUGGCAAUUUCCUCCAGAGAUCACCCCGCCCGAGCUCUACCGAACCCAAGUCCCGCGCUUCAAGAUUCGCCGCGGAGGAACAGUCAGCCCAGGCAUAUGUCAGCCCCGCUAGGCGCAGACGACUUCAGCCAUCAGCUCCAGCUCCCGAGCCCAAUGUCGAAUUGUUUGAUUCUGCUGCUCCGUCUCAACGCCCUAAACCGGCAUCGCCUGCGCCGGCAGCUCAGCCGCCAAGAUCGGCGUCUGUACCAGUUCGUCUGACAGCUCCAACGCGGUCUAUACCCCAACUCUCCCCGGAAGCCCUACAAUCUACGAAUCGUCAUCGCGAAAAAGCGGCAGAGGCAUGGAAGCGUGGAGACUUUGCUGCAGCACAUGAAAGCUAUUCCACCGCUCUCGGCAUGCUGCCUGACAAGCAUCCGAUCACAAUCAUCAUUCGCAGUAACCGUGCCAUGACCGGCCUGAAAGUGGGUGAGCCAAAGUCAACCAUUGAUGAUGCCGAUACAAUGCUGGCCGUCAUUGGCUCCUCCAAGGGUGAAGCGGAAACAAUCGAUCUCGGCAACGGCGAUGCUCCGAAGCCAAUGAGGGAUUUCUACGGCAAGGCCUUAAUGCGCAAAGCCGAGGCUCUUGAGCAACUUGAGCGAUGGAUUGAUGCUGCGCAGACAUGGAAGCUGGCCGUGGAGGCUGGACAUGGUGGAAGCACGAGUAUCCAAGGCCGCAAUCGUUGCGAGAAAGCUGCAGGAAUCAUCAAACCACCAUCCAAGCCAGCAGCACCAGCGAAAAAGAAGCCUACUCCGGCACCUAAGAAGCCCUCCGCCCUGUCAGAUCUGUCUGGUGACUCGAGCUCUGGUCAGGAUUCUGCCGCUGUUAGUCGUCUUCGAGAGGCUAACAAGGCUGCCGAGCGUGAGGACGACGAGAAGUUCGCUCUGUCUGAGAGUGUUGAUGCGAGAAUUGCAAAGUGGAGGAGUGGCAAGCAAGAUAACUUGCGUGCUUUGCUCGGUAGUCUGGAUACCGUUCUCUGGGCCGAAUCUGGGUGGAAGAAGAUCAAUCUGUCAGAGCUGGUUUUGCCGAAUAAGGUGAAGAUCCAAUAUAUGAAGGGUAUUGCAAAGGUGCACCCCGACAAGAUCCCUACUACUGCCACCACUGAGCAGCGCAUGAUUUCCAGUGCGGUUUUUGGAACAUUGAACGAGGCGUGGGACAAGUUCCGGGUUGAGAACAACCUCUGA